GGAGUUGGCAGCGGUUCUCUGCACCGUACACAGCUCUGCGGAGCUCUGAACCGCCGCUGCCCCGGGCCCUAGCCCAGCCGGCCGGCACGGCACGGCGCUCGGACCGCGGCCCGGGCAGGCUAUAAGUGCACGGUGUGAGCGCUGGCAGCCAGUGAGCGGCUACGGGUGGAACACAGACACACUGAUCGAGACGGCGCACGUGCUCACAUAAUGGCCCGCAGUUCGCUGCUGCUGCUGGCGCUGGCCGGACUGUCCAGUGCCCAGUUCAGCCCCUUUUCGACAGGCGGCCGGCCGGGACGAGUUCCUCUUCGUCAGCAGGGCGCGGCUCCCAACCCUCUCUGGUCGGCCUCACUGUCCCCACGGAGACCGUUCGAGCCAUACCCAGCGCCACAGGACAUUUCGUUCCUGCCACGGCCGCCGGCGCCGGCGCCGGCUGUGCCCAUCCGGCAGCCCUGCACGGCCGUGUCGGCGCGUGUGGAUCUCGUCUCCGGGGUCAGCAAUCAGGUCAGCGGCGCGGUGUUCUUCUAUCAGGAGUGCCCCGACCACCCCGUCAUGAUCACAGGUCGUAUCUCGGGCCUGUCUCCUGGCAAACACGGCCUGCACGUGCACGAGCACCCGAACCUGACCGAUCAGUGCAAGGGCGCCGGCGGACACUUCAACCCGUUCCAGAGCCCGCACGGAGCACAGACGAACGGCAUUGACUCCCGCCACGUGGGUGACCUCGGCAACAUCGAGGCCAACUUUGACGGCAUCGCCGAGCUCAACAUCGUCGACGACAUCAUCAGCCUGUUCCCCGGAGAGGCCGAUAUCUUCCGCAGGUCAGUGGUGGUACACUCCGACCGGGAUGACCUCGGCAAGGGCGGCAACGAGGGCAGCCUGAAGACGGGCAACGCCGGCAUGCGUCUGGCGUGUGGAAUCAUCGCCCCCAACAACUCACCGCGCUGCUCGUAAUGUCAUCAUCAGCAGCUGACUGCGCCAAUCAGCGGCCGUGCUCGGCUCGUCGCCAACGCCUAUUGGCUGGCAGAUCACCAAUGUGACGUAAUGUCAAUCAGCAAGUGGUUGUGAAGUGUUAAAAAAGUAUCAUUAAUUGGAUGUGAUUCCGAAGGCUCGUUUAAGUGUGAUGUCGUGUUCCUCUUAUCUUAUCUACCACAUAAGGAAAUACAUGAACCCAUUGUCUUAUGCAUGCUUGAAUGAAUAUUUUCAAAUAAAGAAAAAAUAGAGUACAA